CCCAUUUUUUUUUCUAUUAAGACUAUAAUAAUUGUUGACCUUCUUUUUUUUACAGACUAAUAGGGAUGCCAAAGGAAAAAUAUGAUCCUCCAGAUCCUCGCAGAAUUUAUACCAUCAUGUCAGCAGAGGAGGUAGCCAAUGGGAAAAAAUCUCACUGGGCAGAAUUAGAAAUCUCGGGUAGAGUGCGGAGCUUAAGUACAUCACUUUGGUCAUUGACACACUUGACAGCGCUGCACUUAAAUGACAAUUUUCUUAGUCGCAUUCCACCUGAUAUUGCCAAGCUUCAUAAUCUGGUUUACCUGGAUCUGUCAUCCAAUAAACUCAGAAGUUUACCAGCAGAACUAGGAAACAUGGUGUCUCUCAGGGAAUUGCUUUUAAAUAACAAUCUGUUACGGGUUUUGCCUUAUGAACUUGGUCGGCUCUUCCAGCUACAAACUCUAGGUUUGAAAGUUCUUUGCCAGAUAAGACCAGUGUCCAGGGCACUGGCUCCCCAUCUCACUCGGGCUUAUGCCAAAGAUGUAAAAUUUGAUGGAGAUGCUCGUGCCUUAAUGCUUCAAGGUAUAGACCUUUUAGCCAAUGCUAUAGCUGUUGCAAUGGGGCCAAAGGGAAAAACAAUGAUUAUUGAACAGAGUUGGAGAAGUCCCAGAGUAACAAAAGAUGGUGUGACUGUUGCAAAGUCAAUUGACUUAAAGGAUACAUAUAAAAAUAGUGGAGCUAAACUUGUUCAAGAUGUUGCCAAUAACCCAAAUGAAGAGGUUGGGGAUGAUACCGCCACUGCCACUGUGUUGGCACGGUCUAUGGCCAAGGAAAGCUUCGAAAAGAUUAGCAAAGGUGCUAAUCCAGUGGAAAUCAGGAGAGGUGUAAUGUUAGCUGUUGAUGCUGUCAUUGCUGAACUGAAGAAGCAGUCUAAACCUGUGACAACCUGUGAGGAAAUUGCUCAGGUUGCUACAAUUUCUGCAAACGGAGAGAAAAAAAUUGGCAGCGUCAUUUCUGAUGCAAUGAAAAAGGUUGGAAGAACAGGUGUCAUCACAGUAAAGCAGCAGUUCUCAACCUGUCAGAAAUGUGAAUUCCAGGAUGCCUAUGUUCCAUUAAGUGAAAAGAAAAUUUCUAGUGUCCAGUCAAUUGUACCUGCUCUUGAAAUUGCCAAUACUCACCGUAAGCCCUUGCUCAUAAUUGCUGAAGAUGUUGAUGGAGAAGCUCUAAGCACACUCAUUUUGAAUAGGCUAAAAGGUUCAGAGAAGAGGAGGUUGACCCUAAAUCUUGAAGAUGUUCAGCCUCAUGACUUAGGAAAAAUUGGAGAGGUCAUUGUGACCAAAGAUGAUACCAUGCUCUUGAAAGGAAAAAGUGACAAGGCUCAAAUUGAAAAACGUAUUCAGGAAAUUGUUGAGCAGUUAGAGGUUACAACUAGUGAAUAUGAAAAGGAAAAACUGAAUGAAUGUCUGGCAAAACUUUCAGAUGGAGUAGCUGUGCUGAAGGUUGGUGGAACAAGCGAUGUUGAAGCAAAUGGAAAGAAAGACAGAGUUGCAGAUGCCCUUAAUGCCACAGAGCAGCUGUUGAAGAAGGCAUUGUUCUCGGAGAGGGUUGUGCCCUGUUACAAUUUCUUUUCAGUUCAUCCAGAGCAGCUUCCUCCGAGGCCAUGGAUUACAUUAAAAGAACGAGACCAAAUUCUGCCAUCAGCAUCAUUCACGGUUAUGUGUUACAAUGUGUUAUGUGAUAAAUACGCCACCCGGCAGCUAUAUGGCUAUUGCCCAUCCUGGGCAUUAAACUGGGAAUACAGGAAAAAGGGAAUUAUGGAAGAAAUUGUUAACUGUGACGCAGAUAUCAUUAGUCUUCAGGAAGUGGAAACAGAGCAAUACUUCACUCUUUUUCUGCCAGCAUUGAAGGAGCGUGGAUAUGAUGGGUUUUUUUCUCCAAAGUCACGUGCCAAAAUCAUGUCUGAGCAGGAGAGAAAGCAUGUGGACGGUUGUGCAAUAUUCUUCAAAACAGAAAAAUUUACAUUGGUGCAGAAGCAUACAGUGGAAUUUAACCAAGUGGCAAUGGCUAAUUCAGAUGGAUCCGAAGCAAUGCUGAACAGAGUGAUGACAAAAGAUAAUAUUGGUGUUGCUGUGGUAUUAGAGGUCCACAAAGAACUAUUUGGAGCAGGUAUGAAGCCUAUUCAUGCUGCAGACAAACAGCUGCUCAUAGUGGCAAAUGCCCACAUGCAUUGGGACCCAGAGUAUUCUGAUGUGAAACUUAUCCAGACCAUGAUGUUUGUCUCAGAGGUUAAAAACAUUCUGGAGAAAGCCUCUAGUAGGCCUGGCAGCCCAACUGCAGAUCCUAAUUCCAUCCCGCUGGUGCUAUGUGCAGAUCUUAACUCAUUGCCAGAUUCAGGUGUUGUGGAAUAUUUAAGCAAUGGAGGAGUAGCUGACAACCAUAAAGACUUCAAAGAACUAAGGUACAAUGAGUGUCUUAUGAACUUCAGCUGCAAUGGAAAGAAUGGAAGCUCCGAAGGGAGAAUCACACAUGGCUUCCAACUUAAGAGCGCCUAUGAAAAUAACUUGAUGCCUUAUACCAAUUACACCUUUGAUUUCAAAGGUGUGAUUGACUACAUUUUCUAUUCCAAGACUCAUAUGAACGUGCUUGGUGUCCUGGGGCCUUUAGAUCCUCAAUGGCUGGUUGAGAACAACAUCACUGGGUGUCCACACCCUCAUAUCCCUUCAGACCACUUCUCACUGUUAACACAACUUGAACUCCACCCUCCACUCCUGCCUCUUGUCAAUGGUGUUCACUUGCCUAAUCGGAGGUAGUGGAGUACUGCCCCGUAAAGACGGGGAAUCUGUUGCUAUGGACCUGUACAGUUGUAAAUCAAAGUAUGUAGGAGUGAAGUAUGGCCAUCCUUAAGCUGCUUCUUCAGGUUCCUUUCAUUAUGUGUUUGCUAUAAGACUUUGUACAUUUUUGUGCAUAUGGUAUCAUUUGGCACUAGGGCUGGAACCAAAGUAUUAACUCUCUUUCCAAAAUUUUAAUUUAACACGUUUUUAAAUUGGACUUUCUUUGUAUUGUAUUAGGAAUCUGCAUUCAUAAUUGAUAAAUUACCAAUUUGAGGCCCAACAGCAGUUUAUUUGGUUUUCCAAAUCAUACGCUUUUUUUCCAGUGGUUUCCAAUGAGCCAACCAUUUUUGUGAAAGGCAAUUUUUAAAAACUAUAAAUGUAAGAUUUUAAACUGAAUGAUGGCAUGCCUUGCAGGGAAAACUUUCUUGAAUUUCUGUUUCUUUAUAACAAACUGAUUUUUGGCUUCCAAAGUCAUUUGCACAAUAACAGAGCACUUAAAUUUGCUUAAUCUGUAUAUAAACUAUGAUAUAGCCUCUAGCCAUAAUAAGAAAAUUUGAGAAAUUAAAGAUGGUUGCACAACAUGCUUUCAAAAUCAAGCGUUUACUACUACAUGACCGUUUAUGGGCCAAAUGCUGGUUGGGUUUUUUGGUUUGUUUUUCUGAGGAAUCACUCUUUUUUGGUCCCCUUUUUAAUUGUGACCUUAGAAGUAUAUUCUAAACCUAUCUCUCAGUUAAUUUAUGGGGAAACAGCAGUUAAUUUAUAUUGCCACACAUCUUGAAAAUAGAAUUUGGUAUGUUUAGGAUGCCCACAAAAUUAGUGUCUAGUAUUUUACAUUAUUCCUAUUCACCCUUCUUUUCUGUCUGGUUGUUCUGGGAAAACAGAUAUUAUAUGAUCUGUAUCAUUUUUGCUGUUACAGUCAAAUGCUUUAAAAAAACAAAACUGCUGAAUGAAAAGACCCCAAUCAAAGUUUCAGAAGGGAAAAGCCAUAUAAAUAUUUCAUGUUUCCCAAAGUAGGUUAUGUGGCUGGUUGGUUUUGGGUUUUUGAGGAGGCAAUGGAAAGGAUUUGGGGAAGAGAGAGAACAAGUAUGGGGCAGUAGUGAAAAAUCUUGUAUCAUUUUUCCUGACUCUAGCUGCCAAAUGGCCAUUGUAUGCUUUUAAUCUUUAUUUCUGUUGUCUGUCAGGGUUGAAUUAAGAAGCUACUGGUUUAUUCCCAACUGUUGAUGCCUUUAAAUAUGUUGGAAUCCUUUUUUGCCCAAAGGGCCCAGUUGCAAAUCUGUGACUCAAGAGGCAGUGAACAUAAUAUCAUUUUCUGGGGGAAAAAUUGGUUGGCUACUUGAUGUUAAUUAUGGCACAGGAAAAGGUUGUGUCUGUUUUUAAGUUUUUCUUUAUUCUGCUUUUUUGCUGCUAUAAGAGUUUUCUGAAAUUUAUAUUUUAAACUUUUCAUGCACUUUACUGUUUCUAGUCUCAAAAUGUGAUAUUUUUAAUAAACAAGAAAUUUUCCAUUAUGUGAAUGAAAUUUUAAAAGAAAAUAGCCUAUAUUUGUGUCUCACUAAUAUAUAAAGUACAGGUCAAAUUUAAAUUAUUUAAUUAGUUUUAAAUAUAUACAAUUUGUCUCCUCUUUCAAACCUGACAUCGUAGGCUGUUUUAUUAGUCUUAAAUGAUGCAUUUACUUUGGUCAUUUUAUACUAAUUUCUUCCAUAGUAAAUUAAUCAGGCUAUAUGAGAUAUUUCUCCAAAGGGUAAUUUUAGUGGGACGAGGGUGGUGGGAUGAUGUAAUAUCAUACGUGGGAUUGCAUCAGCAGAAGGGUUCUGUAAAGCCUAAACUCUCUUUUAAAAGUGCCUAGUGAUAGAGGCAUUGUUUGUCAUCUGUUAUAAUUGGAAUGUCAUUAUAGUUCAGUGAAGUUUGAUGUAAAUAAAAUAUUCUUUUAAGUAUGUUAAAGUACCAGAAUAAACAAAAAGAAACAACCCUUAAGAUGACAGAUUUUCCUCAACAUGCAGGUAUCCCUUCUUAUAUACCUCAAACAUCCAACAUCUAGCCAUGCAAAUUGAUUACCUGAAGCAUAGUACUGGAAAGUAGAAUAGCAUGAAAAACUUAAUUUUGUGGACAUUACCUUUUUUUGUAAUCAGCUACUGUAUGUUUUAUUUUAGGUCUUUUGUUUGGGUGGGUUUUCUGCUCUGGAGGUAUAUGCAUUAGCAGAACAUUCUCCUCCUCUCAUAUAUGCAUGUCAAUUAGCAAUGUGAGCAAUAUUUCCUACCAUACUUCACUCCCAAUAUUUUUUGAGAUGUUUGUAUAAAAUGGAAUUUAAAGUUCACUUAUGAUUGUAUAUGAACCACAGAGGAGCCCAUUUAUUAAUAAAAACUUUUUUAAUAGUUAAAUGUAGAGGGAAAAAAUAAAAAAAAUUGGGAAACGUUGUAAACAGCUUAAGUUUAUUUUGUGUAUGAUCGAGGCACUCUGUUGCAGGAAGGUGUGUAAUUGGGUUCUCUCUGCUGCCAAAUGCACUCUUUCAAACCAUUCAUGAUCCUGUGUAUUUUUAAUGUGGUUUUAGUAACUGUUGGUAGUAG